AUGCCUUCCGCAAUUCGAGAAGAAAUAGUUCGUGUGGCACUUAAUAAAUCUUCUGCAUUAAUUGAUUAUAAGGUUUAUAAUGAUAUACCAAAACAAACUGAAUUUAGAAAACAAAUAAUUCUUGAUGAUAAAUUUCUUACAAGUGAAGAAAAGACUGAAGCGAUAGGAAUAAUAAAUAAAUCUUAUGAUCAUGAUAAAAUUCUUUAUAAUUUUGGUAGAAAAAGAAUUUGUGAAAAUUGUAAUCAAGAAUGUUUAGCUAUAUUAUAUUGUGAAUUUUGUGUUAGAAAUUGUUUAAAAUCAAAUUUUUCAAAUUGGUCAUCAGGAAAUGAUGAUAUUGAUAAUCUUAUACAAAAAUGUCAAAUGGAAACGAUUGAUCCAGAAAGGAUAAUUGAAUGGAUUCCAUAUGAUCAAUUUCAAAAUGUUAAUAAUUAUUUAUUAAAAAAUGAUUCCUCUGAUAUUUAUACAGCAGUUUGGAUUGAUGGAUGUUAUAAUGAAUGGGAUCCUAACGAGAAACGAUUAAAAAGAUUUGGAAGACAAAAAGUAAUACUUAAAAGUUUGGAAAACGAUGAAAAUAUAAAUCGAAACUGGUUUGAGGAGGCCAAAUCACAUCUAACUUUAAGUAAUGAAUGGCAAAGUAGUGUUCAAUAUUAUGGAUUAACACAGGAUCCAUCAAAUGGUAAUUACAUGCUUGUAAUGAAUUCAAUGGAUGUAAGUUUAAGAGAAUUUUUACAACAAAAUCAUAAUCAACUCUCAUGGAAAGAAAAAUUUCAAAUUGUUGUUGAUAUGACUUAUUCACUUUAUAUUAUUCAUGAGGAGAAUGCAAUUCAUAGAGAUUUGCAUUCUGGAAAUAUAUUACAUUCUCCAAGAAGUAAUAAAUGGUAUAUUAAUGAACUUGGACUGAGUGGCCCUGCAGAUGUAUCAUCAAAAAGUAUAUAUGGGAAUCUUCCUUACAUAGCACCCGAGGUUAUUGCUGGGAAACAAGUUACAAAAGCAUCCAAUAUUUAUGGUAUUGCAAUGCUUAUGUGGGAAAUUUCUUCCGGACAACCACCAUUUACUAAUCGUGAACAUGAUUAUAAUCUUGCGAAUGAUAUUGUUAAUGGUAUGAGACCAAAUAUAAUACCAGGAACUCCUUUAGAAUAUAAAAGUUUGAUGAAACAAAGUUGGGAUGCUGAUCCAUUAAAAAGACCUGAUGCUUAUACACUUUGGAAAAAAUUAUAUGAAAUUAAUUUAUAUUAUUUAAACGAAUUAUAUGAAGCAAUUCAAUCAGAAGAAACAAAUGAUGAUGUAAAUAAAAAAAGUGCCAAUUAUACAGAUGCAUUUCGUAAUAAAUCUUAUGACAACUCUGAUAACAUUGGUUUUAAUAAAACAAAUAACCAGGAUGAAGGUAACUUAUUUUUAGAUGAACUUUUAUCUUCCAAAUAA